CUGGGAAUUCCCGGCAUAAGUUAAUUUCUAUUUCGUAAUUGGACGCCGAAUUCUAGAUCUUCCAAGCCCAACUGCCCCCAAACGGUAUGCCCGCAUCUCUAUAUCGACCCUCCACAACCGUUUUUUGGCCUCUCGAUUGCAGAGAAUCUGGCUAUGUAUUCGGCUGGUGCAACAACAACCAACGCGUACAGUCUAUCGUCGUAACAGGUGUUGUACAAAUUCUUACAUUAGCGGUGGACUUGGAAGUUCGAGCGGUGCUACAACGCCUUAAUGACAAACGACAACAAUACGCAUGCUUAGCCGAUCUUGGGGAGCUAAAAAUACUCGGGAGAUGUGGUUUUGACUAUUGGGGAAGAAGCGACCUUGUAGUUCCAGAACUCAAGUUGGUUGAUAUCAGAGCAACCGGAUAUAAAAUAGUGUACUAUCAUCGACAUCCGGCUAGUUCGCUCAGGUUUUACUCUAUAGACGCGUUCAACGAUAUUGUCACACCAAUGUCAAGACAGCGCAGUGGUAUCAACCAGGAUGUGGUUAAACAACUCAACGUAGCAAGCAUAAUCAAUACUGCAGUACUUGAGCCUUCAUCAACAUCGUCCGUGCUGAAUGUGACGCAUUCAAGCUCGACCAUGAACCGUACCACAAAAACGAUCACAACCCAAAUGUCAGAUCUGCUAUUCAACGCCCUCCUCAUGUCGCAAUCAACUUUUUCUCGGCCGGCUCAAUCCAUCUGUAAUGCACACGUCUUGUCGAAAUUCCCUUUGAAAAACAUGUCAUUGAGCGUGCAGCAAAUGGACGUUCGCAUCGAGCAACUAGCCAUUCUUUUGCGCCAAAUGGCUGCUCUCCGAUUGAGAAAAGAAGGUGGCCGGGUUGAGAUUUAUUCAAAGGAGUACACCAGCUUUUUCAACACUGUCUGGUUAAUCCUCAAUGAUAUAACGAUUGGCUAUGCUUUUGGAAGAUUUCUUUGUGAAAAUCACGAAGUGUUGGCUACAAUGUUGAAAGAAUUUGUAGAGGACAUUCUCAUAUUGUGGCCUCAGCGUGCUCUCUGCUGGCUUGAUUCAUGGCCUGCUGGCCUAAAACUCAACACAGAACUCAGUAGCUUCUACUCAGGCACAUUCGUUGAUUUAGUCAAUGUUUGGGGAGGCGUCCUCCGGCACAUCAUAUUCCCUUAUCCUUAUCUCUCGAAUACGAUCUAUAUCUUUGGACUUGUCUCCUCUUUUGGUGCCCUCAUCGGAGGUAUGGGCGGAAUGACCAUGUCCAUUGCACUUUUCUACGACAUGUUCGUGUUUUUUACUCUGCAUAUAUAUGUGUGCUACGUCAUAGCAGUGGUAGCUUUUGAGAAGGCGCUAUGGGGCUUGGGGAGUUUGUGGCGUUUGUUCCGAGGAAAACGCUUCAACGUACUAAGGAAUCGUACUGAUUCCUGGGAAUAUGACAUUGAUCAACUUUUGUUUGGCACAAUCCUGUUCACCCUAUUGGCAUUCUUAUUCCCCACAGUGUUGGCUUAUUACGCUCUAUUUGCCCUAUCACGACUAGCGAUGAUCCUCACCCAAGCAAGUUUAGAAAUACAACUUGCGUUCAUGAACCACUUUCCGCUAUUCACGCUAGUGUUAAGGUUAAAGGACCCUUGGCGUAUACCUGGAGGGAUGUAUUUUGACUUUGUCGAAGUGAUUGUGCAUGCAGACGCAAACGAGGUUGCGAGUGCUGGUGAAGAUGAAUCUAAUUCCAAUGAGGCGAGUUGGAGAUCAAGACGUCAAUUUGAAAACACAAAGGACCCGGUCACAACCCUGAUUCCCGUCAUGAAAAAUCAACCGGUGACAUUCCAAAGAAUCUUCUUCCAAUAUGCACGUUUAUGGUCGCAACUUGCCUCACACUAUCACCCUUUUCGGUUAAUCAAAUCUCUGCUAUUGGGAAGAUUGCUGGUACCUAUACCUGUGUAUGAAAUUAGGUACGACAAGAUAGGUAAUCAUAGCAAGGAGUUAUAGCAAUGGGAUGAACCUCAAAUCACACAAAGUAGUCCUUUAAUCAAUCAUACAUCAUAUAAACAGCAAGGUGGGGGCAAUGUCGAUCACGCUUCUUUCGCAGUGUAUAUUUUGCGCAAGCCC